AUGGCCGUAAGGCUGCUCAAGGCACUGGUUGAGGAUGGUUGCCAUGACGACUGCAAAGAUGUUGGAAAUGCCCCAGUGAGUGUCUACACCCCACUGACGUUCCUCCGCCCAGUCUUGUCAAGAGCCGUCGUGGAUGAGGCAGACCGGAGGCUGCUUAAAUUCUUUGAAGUCAUUUAUCCUGCUUGCGAGACAGUGUUUCGGGGCCAUGGGGCCAACCGCCCGAGGGUGAAGGCCAGGGCUGCCCCUCACAAGGUCAAGGAUCUUGGGCAAGUUGUCUGCCAUCUCUCACUAGGAGGAGUGAAAGUGUUUCUGGGCCUCUCUGGAUUCUUGGACAGCUAUACCAUAAAAAUGAUUAUUGCUUCCACAGGACUCUUAGAUCUCCUGCAGUUAUACCACGUGGGGAAUUCUGGAUAUUCUGCAUCGACGUGGUUAGUCACCCAGCUGCUUUCCUCCAAGUGCUUGCUUGUUUGCUUCCAGGUGGCCCAGAGCAUCCCCAGCAUGCAAGGCUGCCUGCUACUCAGUCCUCCGGUGAAGCUCUGCCUGGGCCUCACAUGCAUCCUGUCCCUUUGCCACACAGUGUCUGCCUUUCAAAGAGAAGCCAAGAAGGACAAUGUCAUGGCGUUCCUCUCCACAUCAGUGUCUGGCCUCAGAGAAGAGAAAAGGCGAGAAAACAGGAUCACUUAUCUGGAUACCACGGAGCUGCCUGCAAGGUCGGUUGAUUUGUCUGCACUUAACCUGACCGAGCUGGUCAACGGGAUGCUGAGUCGAGCUUUAAAAGACAGCAAGAAGUUCUUCUCUUUGCUGAGUAUUACUUCCUACAGCUCCUUCGCCUUCCACAAGUUUUCUGUGGCCAUUUACAACAUUUCUAACCUGAAGACUGUGGAUCCAGCCAAAUUCCCCACGCGGUACUGCUAUUGCUUGAACAAUCGGACCAACGAUUUAUCAGAUUUCACUGCCCUACUGGUGGACAUCAUUGGAAAUUCCACCAGCUACCUCACAGAGAUUUUCAAGUCAACUUCCAUCCUCUCAGUGAGUCAAACAAAUGCAUCUGACUGCAUCUUCAUCUGUGUGAUGACAGGAAAGUCAGGAAGGAAUCUUUCUGACCUCUGGGAGAUGGCGGAAAAAUCUCCUGUUAUCAAUUACACAUAUACCAGCAGCAUGUCUGGUGUUCUGGGUGCAGCUACCGGGGGGAUGGCCCUGACCUCACAGCUCACACCCACAAGCCAGCAGACACUGCCAUGGACAAGCCCCCCUAGAGGAGCCCAGAGCACUGGAGUGUCUGCUCUCAGAACCUCUCCUGGGACAGAAGCCACUCUGUCUUCAGAGAGAGAGCAGACUGUGAACACAAACCCACUUCCUGAGCUUGACACCAGAGCCACGGUCAGAGCCGCCACCAGUCUGGACAGCGCCUCUCCCCCCCUCCCAGCAUCAGCUACCAGGAUGGUGGCCGGAACUACAUGGGCGACAGCCCACAGGCCGUCAUGGGCUUCCACCCAGGAGAGAAUUCCUGGGGGGCCUCCCUGGGAAACGCCUUCCUUCCCGCCGACGUCUCCUGCAGAGGCCGAGGAGGCGGUGAACACAAGGAGCCUCUCCCGGCUUCCUGCUGGGACAGUGACCUCUCCCAGCAGCCCAGCCCAGACCGGCCUGACCUCAGGUGACAUUGGUGAGGUGUCCUGCUUAACACAUAGCAUAGCACCUUGGAACCGCUCCAUCAACGGCGAUGCCUACAACCCCGUCCUGCUGCCCCUGCAAUGGGAGCAUCACCACCAGCGUCUGGAGACACACUGGGAAGGGGGCUGGACACAGUCAGUGCCCGGAGGAAGAUCCAAAGGGGAUGCUGACCCGGAGUUGCCCCCGGAGUUGGGCCUUCUGUCCACACUCAUCUGUUUGCUCGCCCCUCUGCCUGGAAGGCCCGACCCCCUCGCCCCCUGCUGUGCUGCUUCUGGCCCAGAGAUGAGGUCCCUGCUCCAGCCCCCACCCCCUGGGAUCAUGCGGCUCCCAGCCUCACCCCGUUCCUUGCACUUGACCCAAGAGGGUUCCGCCAAAAAAAAAAAAGAAAAAAGAAAAGAAAAGAAAGAAGGGAAGAAAGGAAAGAAGGAAGGAACUCAAGCUUACCUCUCUCUUCUCAUCCCAGGCUCAUCCACCGCCAGCACACAGACGCCGAGUCCUACCAAGGCGCCGGCUCCCAAAUACCCACAGACAGGUAGUCUCUCUGCGGAGUGGCCCUUGACCCCCGGAGAAGACCCAGCCCUGGCCCCAGGAUCCCACCAAGUUUCAAGGUGUCCUGCACCGCUCCUCGGAGAGGGGACCGUCACAGCUACCCCUCUCCCACUGGCCAUCCGGAAGCUCAACCCUUGCCUGAUGGAGCUGUGCCGCUUUUUCCAGCAAUGCCUCUGCAUGAGCCAGAGCAGAGACCCCAGGAUGGAAACUGCGAGAUAUUGUCUUGACAAUUAUUCCUGGUUUCUGAGGAAUGCAACCUACAUCUGUCAGAGAGCGAGACGGGUGUUCCACUCACACACCUUGAAACAAAAAUGCCUCGAGAAUAUUUGCAAGUCUAUCUGAGAUCUUUGGAAAAGCACCAGGACCUAAGAUGAGUCGGGCAAUGUCUCUGUCACCCUAGCCCCCGGUCCAAGUUGGCAGCCUUUGCAGAACUCACCCAGGCUCCAGCCAGCGCGUCAAUUAAUGGAACAUGGUUCUUUCUGGAAGUAACAUUUCUUUCGCUCCUGCACAUCUGUGUGAUUAUCGAAGGUCGAAGGCCAUGUGUUGAGCAGUCACAAUCCAUGCAGCAAGGCCACCUCCCCGCCUGCUCCAAGGUCAUGGAGUUCCCAUCGUGGCUUAGCAUGACCGAACCUGACGAGUAUC